AUGGGCAUUGAUGAGGCUGGGCGAGGGCCUGCGCUUGGGCCGAUGGUGUACGGAGCGGCAUACUGCCCGGUGGCAAAGAAGGAUGCGCUGAAGAAGAUGAAGUUUGAUGAUUCCAAGGCGCUGACGGCAGAGACGCGCGAGCGAAUGUACGCAGAAAUCGGGUCGGAGGAGGUGCGGGAGCGGCUGGGCCUCGGGUUCAAGAUCCACUCGCUGAGCCCGGAGGAGCUGUCGGGCAAGAUGCUGCGGGUGCCCAAGUACAAUCUCAACACGAUUUCGCACGACACGGCGAUCGGGCUCAUCCGCUGGGUGCUGGCGCAGGGCGUGAACCUCCAGGAGGUGUUUGUGGACACGGUCGGCUCACCGACCAAGUACGAGGCACAUCUCUCGCGGCUGUUUCCGCAGCUCAAGAUUGCGGUGCGGAAGAAGGCCGACGCGUUGUAUCCGAUUGUGUCGGCGGCAUCAAUCUGCGCAAAGGUCGCGCGCGACCUCAUUGUGGAGAACUGGGUCUUUGCCGAGCCUGCACUCAACGCCGAGGGCUCGGGCGUCUCGCGAGUCUUUGGCUCGGGCUAUCCGGGCGACCCAAACACCAAAAAGUGGCUGGCAGGCUCGAUCGAUCCGGUCUUUGGCUUUCCGUCGAUUGCCCGCUUCUCCUGGGCGCCGUGCCGCAAGCUGCUCGAGGCCAAGGCUGCACCGGUCAGCUACCCGUUUGUCGACUCGGACUCUGACGAUGACGACGACGACGACGAGCUGGCUGCGAUGGAAGAGGAAGAGCAGACGUCACUCUCGGAGUUUUUCGGCGCCGCAGGCUCGGGCUCGGGUGGAGCGGGCAGCGGGAAGCGGUUCAAGCGCGCGCCGUACUUUCGGGAUCGGCAGCUGGUAUACAUCGACGCGUUCAACUGAGCUUUCGGCUACGGGGAGGCCCAGACCUUAAAGGUGCGAUCAAAGGAGGAGGAGACAAACUUGGCGGCGUUGGCGGCGACAGCGACCGAGGUGACCUUGUCCGAGUGUCCGGUGUAGGUGCGGAGGAGCGACAUGUUGGUGCC